AUGGUGGUGAUGGGGGUGCCCCUUGCACCCCCUGCCCCCAGGGUCUCACUCUGCCUGGUCCUGGGCAGGGAUGUGCCGGGCUGGGAGCGGGGUCUCUGGGGGUGGGAGACCCCCGUGGCGGGGGAGACGGGGGCGCGGGGCAGGAUGCGGGCUGGCAGCGGGGCUGGGGCGGGCGGGGAAGAGGGCAAGGGCAGGGAGCGGAGCGCUGCGCAGCUGGGCACGGUGCGUCUGCGGCACCGACAUGUGCCGCACUGGACAGGCUCUUUCUGCAGCAGAGCCAUACCUGGCCGGUGGCACUGCGUGUGCCUGUGUGCGAGCUGGUACGAGCAACGUGCCCUUGCGGCUACCAGGAUCCGCUUGGCAGCGGUGUGGGUGCUCGGGGAGGGCACCGCUGCGGGACUGCAGUCUGCUGGGAGGACGUGGGCUCUGGGCUCUCGCGGCAUCUGCUACCUGGGCAUCGCUGCCAUCGCAUGGGGCACAGUGACAUGGGUGGAGGUGGGUGCCUGGACGUACCACUACAGUGACCAAGGGGACUACACGUGGGAACAGGCCAGGAACUACUGCCAGACCUUCUUCACCGACCUGGUGGCAAUCCAGAACAAGCACGAGAUUGAGUACCUCAAUAAGAGCCUGCCCUUCCAUGGGCGCUACUACUGGAUCGGCAUCCGCAAGCUGGGCGGCACCUGGACCUGGGUGGGCACCAGGAAGGCGCUGACGAAGGAGGCGGAGAACUGGGCAGCUGGGGAGCCCAACAACCGCCGCUCCAACCAGGACUGCGUGGAGAUCUACAUCAAGCGGCAGCAGGAGUCGGGCAAGUGGAACGACGAGCCCUGCAGCCGGAAGAAAAAGGCGCUGUGCUACAGGGCCUCCUGCCAGCCCUUCCCAUGCAGCCAACGUGGUGAGUGUGUGGAGACCAUCGGGAGCUACCGCUGCGAGUGCUACCCCGGCUUCCAUGGCCCCGAGUGCGAGGAUGUUGUGCAGUGUGCUGAGCUCCAGCCCGAGGAAGUGCGCAUGAACUGCAGCCAUCCCUACGGAGACUUCAGCUACAACUCCACCUGCGUGUUCGGGUGCCGGGAGGGGUUUGAGCGGCGAGGGGCAGGCACGCUGCGGUGCCUGGCUUCCCAGCAGUGGUCAGCAGAGACCCCCACCUGCACAGCCAUCGCCUGCCCAGUGCUCAGUGCUCCAGAUCGGGGAGAGCUGAACUGCUCCCACCUCCACGGGGACUUUGCCUUCGGCUCCUCAUGUGCCUUCUCCUGCCGGACAGGGUUUGCACUGAUGGGGUCAAAGAGCCGCGAGUGCACGGCCACAGGGACAUGGACUGGGGAUGAACCACGAUGUGAAGCCAUCACCUGCCCAGUGCUCAAUCCUCCAGAUCGGGGAGAGCUGAACUGCUCCCACCUCCACGGGGACUUUGCCUUCGGCUCCAAAUGUGCCUUCUCCUGCCAGAUGGGGUUUGCACUGACGGGGCCAGAGAGCCGUGAAUGCAUGGCCACAGGGACCUGGACUGGGGAUGCCCCACGCUGUGAAGCCAUCACCUGCCCAGUGCUCAGUGCUCCAGAUCAGGGACAGCUGAACUGCUCCCACCCCCACGGGGACUUUGCUUUUGGCUCCACAUGUGUCUUCUCCUGCCAGAUGGGGUUUGCACUGAUGGGGCCAGAGAGCCGUGAGUGCAUGGCCACAGGGACCUGGACUGGGGAUGCCCCACGCUGUGAAGCCAUUGUCUGCCCUGUGCUCAGUGCUCCAGACCGAGGAGGGCUGAACUGCUCCCACCUCCACGGGGACUUCACCUUCGGCUCCACAUGUGCCUUCUCCUGCCAGACAGGGUUUGCACUCAUGGGGUCAAAGAGUCGCGAAUGCACAGCCACAGGGACAUGGACUGGGGAUGAACCACGCUGUGAAGCCAUCACCUGCCCAGUGCUCAGUGCUCCAGACAGGGGACAGCUGAACUGCUCCCACCUCCACGGGGACUUUGCCUUCGGCUCCAAAUGUGCCUUCUCCUGCCAGAUGGGGUUUGCACUGACGGGGCCAGAGAGCCGCGAAUGCAUGGCCACAGGGACCUGGACUGAGGAUGCCCCACGAUGCGAAGCCAUCGCCUGCCCAGUGCUCAGCGCUCCAGAUCAGGGACAGCUGAACUGCUCCCACCUCCACAGGGACUUCGCCUUUGGCUCCAUGUGUGCCUUCUCCUGCCAGACAGGGUUUGCACUGAUGGGGUCAAAGAGCCGCGAGUGCACAGCUACAGGGACAUGGACUGGGGAUGAACCACGCUGUGAAGCCAUCACCUGCCCCAUGCUCAGUGCUCCAGACAGGGGACAGCUGAACUGCUCCCACCUCCACGGGGACUUUGCCUUUGGCUCCACAUGUGCCUUCUCCUGCCAGAUGGGGUUUGCACUGACGGGGCCAGAGAGCCGUGAGUGCACAGCCACAGGGACCUGGACUGGGGAUGCCCCACACUGUGAAGCCAUCAGCUGCCCAGUGCUGGACGCCCCCAGCAGCGGCCAGCUGAGCUGCUCUCACAUGCACGGGAACUUUACAUACAACUCCACAUGCACCUUUUCCUGCGAGGAGGGGUUUGUUCGGAUGGGAGCAGAGGUGCUCCGGUGUGCGGCCACAGGGAACUGGACCAGACAUCCCCCGGUCUGCGCAGAGGAUGGUGCCCCCUUCUUAAAGCAAGUCCUGGCUUACAGCAGCGGCGCAGCUCUGGCGGUAGCCGGCAUUGUGCUCUCGGGGACGCUCAUUGCCCUCCUCGCCAAGAGGCUCAGUGACAGAGAGGAGAAGAAGAAGCUCCUGAACCCCACCAGUGACCUAGGAUCACCGGGCACCUUCACCAACGCAGCAUAUGAUGCCAACCUGUGA